CGGACUCGAGCCCGCAGACCGCCCGCUGCCGAGCCGACCCGCAGCCUCGUCUGGAGGGGAGCGAGCCAUGGCGGCGCCGCGGGGGCCCUGGCCCGAGGUGCAGGACACCUGCACCUCGCUGGGUUUGAUGCUGUCGAUCGUGCUGUCCGUGGCGCUGGCCCGCGGGGUCCUCCGGCGGCACGUGCACCGGCCGACGGCCCACACCUUCGUCUCGGAGUUUCUGGCCACCUUCCAGCUCUGCUUCUGCACCCACGAGCUGCAACUGCUGGGCGAGCAGGAACCCGGGCACCCCACCUGGCCGCUGACGCUAACCUACUUCUUCUCGUUGGUGCACGGCCUGACUCUGGUGGGCACGUCCAGCAACCCGUGCGGUGUGAUGAUGCAGAUGCUGCUGGGGGAAAUGUCCCCCGAGACGGGGGCGAUGCGGCUGUUGGCUCAGCUGAUGGCUGCUCUGGGCAGCAGGUACUGUAUAGGCGCCCUGUGGAGCCUGGGACUGACCAGGUAUCACGUCGGUGAGAGGAGCUUCGCUUGCAGGAACCCCAUCCACGUGGACUUGCCCAAAGCCGUCGUCGUAGAGGCCAUCUGCUCCUUUAUCUUCCACGGUGCCCUGCUGCACGUCCAGGAGGUCCGAGCCAAGCUUCGUAUCCACAUGCUGGCAGCACUCAUCACCUUUCUGGUCUAUGCAGGAGGAAGUCUAACAGGAGCUAUAUUUAAUCCAGCUUUGGCACUUUCACUACAUUUCAAGUGUUUUGAUGAAGCAUUCCUUCAAUUUUUUAUAGUAUAUUGGCUGGCUCCUUCUUUAGGUAUAUUGUUGAUGAUUUUGACAUUCAGCUUGUUCCUCCCAUGGCUGUAUAACAACCAUACAACUAAUAAGAAGGAAUAAACUAUUCCAAAAGACUCAGACUGAGUCACAAGACAGUCCAGUUGGAUGUGAUAAAGACUUUGUCUCCUCAGAUUCAGCACACUGGCUGCACUGGAUUCAUCAAUGUCACUUCCUUUGAGGAAGCUGCCUUAGUUUUCAUCACUGGGACUUAAAAAAUUACAAUGAAAAUGAGGCAUCCUGUA